AUGUCCAAGGCGAAGGACCUCAGCAUGGAGGCCGCGGUGGGCGCGAAAAAACUUCGCAAGAUGCAGAACUGCGCUUGUGGCGCAGAAUGCCGCAGUUCGGGCGUCGACCUCAACCUUGCAGAGCAGAUGGCUUCCAAGGCGUCCCUCGGGGCACAGGAGGUGGCCAGGGAGAUGAUAGCCGAAGCCAAGGACGACCUUGUGGAACGGCUCAAGGCCUUCGAAGAACAAGGCCGCAGCCAACGCGCCGACUUGGACACGGAGCUGCAGGAGUUCCAGCGCCGCCUCAACAUGCAGGACAAUGACCUCAAGCGGAGCCGGGAAAAAUCCUCCCAGGUCGACCUUGAGUUCAGUCAGCUCACGAACCGCGUAUCCGCCGUUCGGGUGGAGGUGUCGGGGCUCAAGGAUCGCGCGGAGGCGACUGAGGCGCAGGUGCUGCAGCGCGAGGCCGCAGCUCAUGAGCUCGCGCGACGGCUGCGCGAGACGCAGCUGGAGGUGGAGGUCCAAUCCGAGUCCCUUCGUCGGGUGCAGGAGAUGCCGGCGGCUCUCUGCCUGCCUGCGGCUCUUCUCCUGGCGCUCACUGCGAGCGCUGCGCGGAUCUCCGCGGGGACGCGGGGAGGCGACCACCCAAGCCUAUCGCUGCCCUCCUCGGCCCGAGUGGAUGCCCAAGUGACUUCAGAUGGCACCCUGAAGUGGACCAGCAAGGGGAACGUGUCCUACACGUUCACAGACUUGCUCUUUCUCACGGCCGUGUCCGACCACGUCCUUACCUUUCCGGAGGGCCAGCGGGGCACGGUGGAGCGCAGGCGGACCACCUUCGUGGGCUGGAACAACCUCGUGACGCGCACGGUCACGCGCUACCUCUUCGUGGCGGAGUACGGCCAGGGGAAGGAGCUCCGGGCCGAGUGCUUCACGUACCAGAGACAGGGCCCCAGCGGCUACAUCGACCCCUUUAGCCAAGUGGAGAGCAACUUUGACUUGGUCCAUGAAGGUCCCGGGGAGGCGUUUUGGAAGACACCCCAGCUCAGCACACCGCAUGGCUCGAUGAUGUCCGGAAGGAAGUUCACUGAGGUAGGCGGCAAGAACACCAUGAACGCAACCAUCGUGUCCACCGAGAAGCAUCACAAGACCACCUAUACCGCAGUCUACAGCGACCAUGUGCCUUCAGCUGUCGCAGACCACGACGACCUGAUUUACAAGUACCGUGAGACCACUUGCACGGAAGUGAGUGGCUUCCAGAACAUCCCCGCCGUCUGCGUUGAUGACUUGUUGGCGAUCGAGUAUGGCUGCGACUACGUCGAGCAUUGA